CGAUAAGUGCAGGGAUGAUAUUUCACCUAAUGAAUAUCGAGCCAUUAUUAAUGUGAUGUUGUGUUUACAAAAUAAAACGAAUGACACAAGACACGCAGUUUUCUUGGAUCACAGGAAGCUGAUCAAAGAGGCAUGUGAAAUCCAGCUCAAGUCUGAGCUCUUCAAGUUUCAAGUCAAGCAGGCGCAUCCGCAGCUGGCGAAUGAGGACGCGAAGUCCAGGAAGCGCAAAAGGAAGGCUGGCAACGAAGAUCUGACAUCGUCAUCCUUGGAGGAAUUGAAGGUGGUAAAUGGAUAUCUGGAACUCCUGCCGAAGCCCUUCAAGCAGGCGGAAACGCCAUCGAUAGAAAGGCACUGGGAGGAAGCCUACAGCCUGCCCCAGCUCCAUGGAGCCAACGAAAGCGGACGGGUGCAGAGGUUCCAGGGAACAUAUGAGUCCGGGAGGGUAUACUUGAUUCCCAAUCAAUCCCGAUUCUACAACCACAAUGUGGACAAUCUGCCAGCUCUGCUGCACCAACUCCUGCCCGCCUACGAUCUCAUCGUGCUAGAUCCCCCGUGGCGGAAUAAGUACAUCCGCAGGGUGAAGCGGGCCAAGCAGGAGCUCGGAUACUCGAUGCUGAGCAAUGACCAACUGUCGCAAAUCCCUAUAUCCAGGCUGACACACCAACGAUCCUUGGUGGCCAUCUGGUGCACCAAUUCAACGCUUCAUCAGGUGGCCCUGGAGAAACAACUACUGCCCAGCUGGCACCUUAGGCUGCUGCACAAGCUCCGCUGGUACAAACUGAGCACAGACCAUGAAUUGAUCGCUCCUCUGCAGGCGGAUCCCACGCAGAAACAGCCGUACGAAAUGCUCUACUUGGCCUGCCGCUCUGAUGCUUCUGAGGAUUACGGAAAGGACAUCCUGAAGACCGAGCUGCUGCUCAGCGUGCCCAGCAUUGUGCACUCCCACAAGCCGCCCCUGCUGGCUUGGCUUAGGGAGUACCUGCAGCUGGAGGAGGAUCAGGCUGAACCGAACUGCAUGGAGCUGUUUGCCCGGUUCCUCCAUCCCCACUUCACUUCAAUUGGCUUGGAGGUACUUAAAUUGAUGGACGAAAGGCUUUAUGAUGCGGCUCGAGAAAAUUAGCUGAGAAAAGUAACUUAUUACUUUUGUAAAUCGUAAAAAUUUAUUAAUUCUACUGACUUGUAUUUCAAAUAAAUUGUGUCCUACUUGAUGCAUGCCGUAAAUCAA